GACACGGCCGCCGCCCACGCGACGCGAGGCGGCGCCCUUCAAAAUCCAUGCCGUGCGCGGAGCUUCCUUCCCCUCCGGCCGAUUCCUUCCUUGGCUCGUUCAGUCCCCGGCCACUUCCCUCCCAUUCCAUCUGCUGCCCACCGCGACAACAUGAGGCUCGGGAUCGCCGGCGCGAGAGCCGCCUCCGACGGCGCCAAUCCGGUUGCGGCGGCGGCGGAUGACGGGUUCCAAUCCGAUCCAUUCGCCGCGGCUGCGGCCGCCGCCGCGAACGCCGAUGACCCCAGCGCAGUAACCGUCGCCGCAGUCCCGGUGGACAUCCGGAACGGCACCGAGAACGGAAGCAAAGAUGAGUCAUUCUUUGAAGCAAGGUCCUGGUUAGAUUCCGACGCCGAAGAUGAUUUUUACAGCGUCAGGGGAGAUUUCACGCCAUCACGAAGCAGUACCCCAGGUCAUCCGAGACUAAUAACAUCCUUCAGUGGGCGGAUGCCGGUAGACAGAUCGAAGCCUUCUCUGAUUCAGAAGAAGCAGAGACUUAUUGAGCUUCUUCAGGAGAAGCAGCAUUAUGACGACGAUGAUGACAGCGUCAACGAUGGCAGUAGUGACUUGGAGAAUGGCGAUGUCGCUGUUCAUGCUGAGGAACACAUGAAGUCUUCUCGCAAAGGCAAGAAAUCGAAGAAGUCAUCAAGGUCAGGCUGCUUCCCAAGCUUAAUCUGGAAGCAUAGCUUCACAAGCCGCAUGAAGGAGAGAAAAGAGCAUAAUAAGGACAAAGUAAACUAGUAUUAUGAUGUCGAAUAUUAUGAUUUUGUAAAAAAACUAAUUAAGUUUCUAAUAUAUAUAUUCCUUUUCAUUUCUGAAA